CCCACCGCCCACAACUAUCCGAUUACACAAAACAUGUGUCUUCUACCACUCAGGAUCUUUAUACUUGAUACAACCUACAAGUGGAGGUCUCUCCUUCUCCCUCCCUAACCAUUUGGAUUUUUCAGCACAAAGAACCAGACACUCACGCACGCUCUUAUUUAUCUUUCAUUCUUUCACCAACACCUAAUUCUCACCACCCACAACUCCUUCACAACCACUUCUCAUUUUCCUUACUUUUUCUCUUUAGCGUUUCAAUUAUUGAACUCGGUAUUCUGUUUCCUCAUCUCCAUCGUUGUUAAUCCUGUAAAAAAUGGGUCUUUUUUUGUUCUAAGAGAUGGAUAUUGAGGCCAAACCCCGAAAUUCUGAUCCAAUUAAGAAAGAAUCAUGGAGAACUGUGAUGACUUUAGCUUAUCAAAGUUUAGGGGUUGUUUAUGGCGAUUUAAGCACCUCUCCUUUGUACGUUUACAAAAGUGCGUUUGCAGAAGACAUUCAACAUUCAGAAUCAAAUGAAGAAAUAUUUGGGGUUUUAUCUUUCGUGUUCUGGACAUUAACUCUAAUCCCACUUAUGAAAUACGUUUUCAUAGUUCUUCGAGCUGACGAUAAUGGCGAAGGAGGGACUUUUGCUCUGUACACAUUGUUAUGUCGCCAUGCUCGUGUAAGCACUUUGCCCAAUGGUCAGCUUGCAGAUGAAGAGCUUUACGAGUAUAAAAAAGACGAAAUUACUUCUGGUUCGAGGGAUAUUGGUUUGAGUUUGAAAUCGACGCUCGAAAAACACAAAAUUUUGCAGAAAGCUUUGCUUGUUUUGGCUUUGCUUGGUACUUGUAUGGUCAUCGGCGACGGCGUUCUCACGCCGGCGAUCUCCGUUUUCUCUGCUGUUUCUGGGCUUGAGCUUUCUAUGUCGAAAGAACAUCAUCAAUAUGUAGAAGUCCCCAUUACUUGCAUCAUACUCGUACUCUUAUUUUGUCUCCAACAUUACGGGACCCACCGUGUAGGGUUCUUGUUUGCACCAAUUGUGGUAACAUGGCUCUUGUGCAUUAGCACAAUUGGAGUUUACAACAUUUUUCAUUGGAAUCCACAAGUUUUCCAAGCACUUUCGCCUUAUUACAUGUACAAGUUUCUCAAGAAAACAAAAAAAGGCGGAUGGAUGUCAUUGGGCGGGAUUUUGUUGUGUAUAACAGGCUCGGAGGCUAUGUAUGCUGAUCUCGGUCAUUUUUCACAGUUAUCAAUCAAGAUGGCUUUCACCUUCGUGGUUUAUCCUUCCUUGAUUCUCGCAUAUAUGGGACAAGCUGCGUAUCUCUCCAAACAUCACAUCCUCGAAACCGAUUAUCGAAUCGGAUUCUACGUAUCUGUUCCCGAGAAAAUAAGAUGGCCAGUUCUUGGAAUCGCGAUACUUGCUGCAGUAGUCGGAAGCCAAGCCAUAAUCACCGGGACGUUUUCGAUCAUCAAACAGUGUUCGGCAUUGGGUUGCUUUCCGAGAGUAAAGAUUAUCCACACGUCGCCUACUAAUAAACAUGGUCAAAUCUACAUCCCUGAGAUCAAUUGGACGUUGAUGCUGCUAUGUUUAGCAGUCACAAUUGGUUUUCGCGACACAAAACAUAUAAGCAAUGCAGCAGGGUUGGCGGUUAUUACGGUUAUGUUGGUAACCACGUGCCUAAUGUCACUCGUAAUGGUUCUUUGUUGGAGAAAAAGCAUCUUCUUAGCACUCGCGUUUAUGUUUUUCUUCGGUUCGAUAGAAAUCCUCUACUUCUCGGCAUCCCUAAUAAAAUUCCGCGAAGGUGCGUGGGUCCCGGUGGCCCUCUCGAUCAUCUUUCUAGUUAUUAUGUUUGUAUGGCACUACGGGACGAUAAAAAAAUACGAAUUCGACGUACAAAAUAAAGUCUCAAUCAAUUGGCUUUUAAGCCUCGGGCCCACUCUCGGUAUCAUGCGGGUCCGCGGAAUCGGGCUCAUUCACACUGAGCUCGUUUCUGGGAUCCCUGCGAUUUUCUCACAUUUUGUAACAAACCUCCCGGCUUUUCACCAAGUUGUGGUGUUCCUAUGUGUGAAAUCGGUCCCCGUGCCUCACGUAAGGCCUGAGGAGCGGUUUCUAGUUGGGAGAAUCGGGCCGAAAGAGUAUCGACUGUAUCGGUGUAUAGCGAGAUACGGGUACCGUGAUGUUGACAUGGACGAUGUGGGAUUUGAAAACGAUCUCAUUUGCUGUAUAGCAGAGUUUGUCCGGACCGAACGGUCUGGACAAACCAGUGCCGGUAACAACUCAGUUACCGGCACUAGCGAUAAUUUGUUAUCAGAAGAUUCUGAUAACGAUAGAAAGAUGGCAGUUGUUGGAGUGGCUUCAGCGAACUCUGAAGGGAGUAUUAGAAUGUGCGAGGAGGAAACAGGGUUUUCGCCGGAGAUAGCGGUGGUUGUGGCGGCACCACCGCCGGUUCCAAGGAAGAGGGUGCGGUUUGUUUUACCGGCGAGUCCCCAAAUGGAUACGGGAGUGAGAGAAGAGUUGCGGGAACUUAUGGAGGCACGUGAAGCGGGUUUAGCUUUUAUCCGAGGACAUUGUUAUGUGAAAGCUAAAAGGGGUUCGAGUUUGAUGAAGAGAUUUGUGAUCAAUUUUGGGUAUGAUUUUUUAAGAAGAAAUUCUCGAGGUCCGGGUAAUGCUUUGAGUUUCCCUCAAGCGUCUACGUUAGAGGUUGGAAUGGUGUAUCAAGUUUGAUUCUGAGGGUAUUAUGGUAAAUUUGGUUUUGAGAUAUACAUUUGACGAUGAAGGCCGUUCAUUGUUCUGUCUAACACUUGGGCUUAUUUGGUAAGCCCAUGGGCUAUAAGCAUUAAACAUUAUUCAUCGUGAAAGAUACGAGAAAACACGUGAUACAUAAGUGCAUGUAAUGAAGUGUGAUUUUUGUUGUAUAUAUCAUAAGGUAAAAGAUGGGGUGGAUCAAA